CACAUGCGGGCUUUCGCAGCUGUCGCUCCUGUAUUUUCCUUUCGCUUCAGCGUCCGGCCUGCAAGCAGAUCAGAGUGAAACCGGUGGGACAGUGUUUGGUCUCCGUAAUCAUUGUGUGUGUAGGAAACAUCGUGUGAGUGGUUUUGUAGCCGCUUUGUGCAGCCAUGUCUCGUUCUUGACCCAUCGCAAGACGCAAUGACCGCGGUCGUAGACCGCUUCCGUGGUGGAAGCAUGCCUGCUGCUCUUUGCCAAUUUUCGUGCCGGUGUAAGAAGCUACUCGAUGGCCGACGAUCGUGAAGAUUACCCGGGCGAGCUGCUUCACCAAGCUGCUCUGUGGGGGAACGCCGAGCUCCUGGAAGACUUGCUCAACGGCGACCAGGUGCGGCUCAUCGAUGCUCCGGAUAUGCACGGAAGGACAGCUCUUCACGCAGCCGCAACCAACAGUGAUGAGACCUGUGCCCGCAUCUUGCUACAGUCGGGUGCAAAUCCGAGUGCUGCUUGUGGAAUUCAUGACCAGCACAAGACACCACUGCACGUGGCUGCCGAGCUGGGCCAUGUGUCGACAGUGCGACUGCUGCUCGACUCGGGCGCCGACUUACUGGCCCGCGAUGCCCAAGGCCAGACAGCCACUGAUGUUGCUGAGCUCGCCGGGCAUGCCCAAGUGGCGGAAAUGCUUCGAAUGGCCACCGAGGAGCUGGAUCAGAAGCACCAGGAGAGCUACACUCGACUGGCCGCAGCGUGUGCCUUGGGUCAUGUGGAGGAAGUGAAAGCCCUGUUGACAGAGCUUGGACCCCGUGCCGAGGCUGUGGUAAACAGUGAAGGAGGCGCGGGGGGCGGCACCCUGCUGUACAGGGCAUGUGAGGAUGGUCAGCUGGAAAUCGCUCGGUUACUCCUGGAGCAUGGCGCAGACGGCCGAGCCCACCUGGUCACUCACUACUCUCCUCUGUAUGUGGCCUGCUACAGGGGACGUACUGAUAUUGUGCCCUUACUACUUGAGCACUUUCCCGAGCUGGUGCGGGAACCAACAGUGGAGCGGUGGCUGCCAGUGCAUGCAGCUGCACUCGGGGGUCAUGUGACUGUACUGGAGCAGCUGCUGGGUCACUCCUACCCGCCUCACCUGCAGAGGCUGUGGGAGGACCCAAAUGGCAAAUGGGAGUACCCGCUGGCCUUUGAUGUAAAUGCACAGGAUGCCACAGGCCAGACAGCCCUGUACAUGGCUGCCUGCCUCGGCCAUCGACGCUUUCUGGAAGCGCUGCUCAAGUGGCGUGUUUGGGCCAAACGACUCCUCACCGCCGAUGAAAGCCCAAUUGCAGACACAGGCCAUGUGCAGUCCAUUGUGACACGCCUCAACAUGGCCUCUGGAGGGGCUGCACCACGCGAAAUGCAACUCUGCCCCGUGCGGCUUGACCUCUACUGUAACCAGGGCAGUGAAACAGCAUUGCAUGUGGCCGUACGCAAAGGACAUUAUGCACUAGCAGCUGCGCUGCUGCGUGCUGGAGCAGCACCCAACCUUCCUAUGCGUGGAGACAGCCCGUCAAGUGCUCUCCUGGAGGCAUGCCGGCGGAGGGAUGCUCAGAUGGUGGAGUUGCUGCUGCGCCACGGGGCACGAGAUGAGGAUGGAGCUGCAUUGGCCGCACUGCUCCCACAAGGUGGGCGGCUUGUGUCACGCCUGCUGUCGCUGCGAGCAUAUCGUGAUCCGGAACACACUGUCAACCAGAGUGCCCUAGACGGCCUGGCUUUGGCACCCAGCGUACCUGUGAUGAUCAACUGGCAUGGUCAGCAAUGCCUGGAGCAGUUAUCCGAGCGUUGGCUGGCCGAUGCUGCCAUGGCACUCAACCUCAAGCUCAAGCUGCAGGCACAGCUCACGGGCCCUGCACUGGCCGCCAUCACCCGCCUGGAUGUGUCGGGGAAUGCCUUGUCCGAACUUCCAGGCUGCGUAUUUUCGUCGCUGCCGUCACUGCACCUGCUGGCAGCUGGACAGAACAAACUGGCCACGUUGCCUGCGGUGGUCUCUGCUCCACUUCUGGAGGAGCUGCAGCUGCAGGACAACCGGCUGGAGACAGUUCCAGGGACCCUGUUCCAGUUGCCAGCCCUUCACACACUCGACCUGUCCAACAACAAGUUACAGGUGCUGCCUGAAGAGCUGUGGGGAGCACCCCGGCUACGCGACCUAAACCUGUCGAUGAACAUGCUGUCAAGGCUGCCCAGCGAACCAGGAGGCAAGUCUGCUCCGCAGGAGCCCGAGCCAGCGCCUGUUGCACCUCGUGCCCCAUCACCAACUUGGCCACUCGAACAUCACUGCCUCUGGAGGCACGCACUCGAGGUGCAAGAGACAUACGCGCCUGAAGGGCCUGGCUCAGGCUGCCCGCUGAGCAGCCUCAAUCUGUCUCACAAUGCCUUCGAGAGGCUGCCUCCCAUGCUGGCCUGCAGGGCUCCCCACCUGGCUCGAGUGAACCUCAGCUACAACGGCUUGGCUUCACCUGGCGAGCUGAGGUUCUACCCUGUUAGUCUGCGUCACCUCGACCUGUCCUCCAACCGAUUAGCAGUGUGGUGGGCGCCGGCAACAACUGACACCACUUGUGCUGCAACUGGGGGCAGCUGCCUGCACCAGAGUCAUUGGCGGCUGGAGAACCUGCGCACAUUGCUGCUGGCCAGCAAUCAGCUACCAGGGCUCCAGGGUCUAGUGGGGCAGCAAGACGGGAACGACUCCAAGGAGGUGCCGCUUUUCCCGAAUCUGUCCAUGCUGGAUGUAAGCAACAACCUCCUGAGCGACGUGCCAGCAACGCUGGCUGAGCUUGGCUCCCUCUCAGUGUUGAACUUGAGCGGGAAUCCAGGCAUCAUCGAGCUGCCUCCACAGCUUGGCCUUCUGUCCAAGCUGUGGAACCUGAACCUGCGAGGCUGCAGCUUGCACGAGCCGCUCGCGUCUAUGGUGCGCUCGACGCGCUACCGCACCACUGACCUCGUUGGAUACCUCAAAUCUAUUCUCCAAGAUGCUCGGCCGUACGCCAGGAUGAAGUUGAUGAUAGUGGGCGUGCAAGGCAUCGGAAAGACAUCUCUGCUGGAGCAGUUGCGACAGGAAGGCACGGGCUCGUACCGGAAGCGGCCUCCUGAACACUGGGGCAAGCGGGUAGGUCACCGUGGCCUUGGACUGAAGACACCCAGGGGAGUGAUGCUGUCCACUGUCGGUGUGGACCUGGGUGACUGGACACUGAAGGGACGACACGGUCCUGUUACGUUCCGCACAUGGGAUUUUGGUGGCCAGAAAGAGUACUAUGCCACCCACCAGUACUUCCUGUCCAAGCGCUCCCUGUACUUGGUAGUGUGGCGGAUAACAGAUGGUGAACGAGGUGUCCAAGGCAUCCACCAGUGGCUCAUCAACAUCCAGGCCCGUGCCCCCAAUGCCCCCGUGUUGGUAGUGGGCACACACCAGGAUCUGGUGAAAGAGUGCCUGCCAGAUGGCUACGCGGAGGAGCUGCAGGCACUGAUCCGCAGCCGCUUCCUGGGUGUGGUGGAUGCGGACAAGUGCGGCCUCCCGCGCGUGCUCGACUCUCUGGAAGUCAGCUGCCGCACACGGCAUAACAUCCGACACCUCUGCCAGCUCAUCUAUGAUGUGGCCUUCGACAUGCGCUGCCCAGGCAGCAAAGAGCGCCUUUUGGAGCAGCGCAUCCCAGCCACCUACUUAGCCUUGGAAGACGUAGUGGGCAGCCUGGCUCUUGAGCGGCGGCUUCAGGGGAAGGAACCCGUUCUGCAUGCUGAGCAGUACCGGAUGCUGGUGAUGCACGAACUUCAGCAGAAGUUUGACUGCUGCUUUCGGGACAUGGCAGAGCUUAACCAGGCCACUUCGUUCCUGCAUGACAAUGGUGUGCUUCUGCACUAUGAAGAUGCCACACUCAAGGACCUGUACUUCUUGGAUCCACAGUGGCUUUGCGACGUGCUGGCCCACGUAGUCACUGUUCGCGAGAUCAACCCUUUUGCACGCAAUGGCAUCAUGCGUUUGGAGGACUUGCAGCACCUGUUUCGAAGCGCCGAAACACGGAGCUACUUGCUGAGCUUGCUGAACAAGUUUGAGGUGGCGUUGACGUGGGACGGCCGCAGCCUGCUCAUUCCCUCCUUAUUGCCUUCCGAGGAACUGCUUCGGUGUGGCUUGCCAGGAGCCGAUGUCCGAUGUGCCGUGUUGCAGGUGCCCGUGCGGUCCCGUGGCUGGGGCCUCCGCUCCGCAAUGAGUCGAGGGAACUCAGCUGGCGCUGGGCAGACACCAGGAAGUGGCGGAUGCACUCUGCGGGUGCUGCCUGCGAGCCGUGAACAGCCCACUGUGCAGCGGCUCGUGCUGUUGUCAUACCUGCCCAGUGGCUUCUGGGCACGCCUUAUCACUCGCCUACUGGCUGAUGACCAGGUGGUGGAAGCACUCCGUGGCUACUUAGCCCCACCUCGCGGCUGGGAGAAGGAUCCAGGUCUUGCUGCUGCACUGUCGCAGCGCGCUGAGUGGCUCUGCUGGCAGACGGGGCUUGAACUACGACAUGCACAGGCUGUAGUCCUGCGCCUGCGUGAAGUGGUGUCUGGUGGUGCACAAUGCGACCUGCUUGGCGCACGUCCACGUGUACGCCUGGAAGGCCACUGGAAUCCUGUGGAAACUCAAGGUGCAGUUGCCCUUUUGCUGGAGCUUCCGCUGGAGCGUCGGCAGUGGGGCCCCGUGCAGCUGCUUCCGCGCAUGGAGAGCGCAACCCAGCUGCUUGCCCUGGCUGCUGACCAUGUCGACACUCUACUCGAAGACUGGUACCCGGCUCUGGGCACCCGCUUUGUGCACACUUCCCAGGGGCGCUUCCUGGUCACCCGUCUGGUACCGUGUCCUUCGUGUGCCACCGGACAGGGCUGCAGCAUGGCCCCUUCUUCUGGACCACCUUCUCGUGCGAGUACCGACAGUGGUGUUGUUGACAGCCGCCCUGCAUCAGCUGAGGGACUGGAGGAAGCGAUCACUGGCCCAUACGCCUUCUUGGUGGAAGAAUGCAUUCUUGCAGCCAAUGAGCGAGGUGCUGUCACCUGCCCAAUCCACGGAGACUUGCGUUUGGCACAGUUAGCACCUGACACGGUUUUUCUAGACCUAGGUGAGCGCUACCUUGUGCAGCCGGACCAGAUACGGCGGGGCCGCAUGCUAGGCCGAGGUGCCUUUGGCUUUGUGUUCAAGGCAACUAUGAAGCAGAGGGGCUCGGGAAAGUUCACGGAGGUUGCCAUGAAGAUGCUCCAACCAGUAGAGCCCGGCUAUGGGGCACGGCCAUCGGACACAGUUGCCUACAAGGCUGCUCGUGCCCAGUGGCAGCGGGAACCUCUGCAGUAUGCCUGCAAGGCGUACUGCACAGCUCGGCAGGAGCUGAGCAUCCUGCUGAGUGUGCGCCAUCCGCAUGUGGUGGCGCUACGUGGGGUCUGUCCACGGCCGCUGGCACUCGUGCUGCAGCUGGCUCCGCGCGGAGCGUUGGAUGCCCUCCUUGCCGACUUCCGGCGCUCGGGAGCACACCUGCCUUCUGGUGCACUUCAGAGGGUUCUGCUGCAGGUGGCACGCGCCCUGGAAUAUCUUCACCAGCAGCACAUAAUAUACCGAGACCUAAAGUCUGAGAAUGUGCUGGUGUGGGCGCUGCCGCUGCCCGGGGAACCAGAUGGGGGCCCUGUGCAGGUGCGUCUCGCCGACUACGGCAUCAGCCGGGCUGCCCUGCCCACGGGUACCAAGGGUUUUGGUGGCACUGAGGGAUUCAUGGCCCCCGAGAUCAUGCGGCACAAUGGCGAGGAGGAGUACACAGAAAAGGUUGACUGCUUCUCCUACGGCAUGUUUAUGUAUGAACUGCUGACACUGCGACUGCCCUUUGAAGGCCAGGACUGCGUUAAGGACCACAUCCUGGAUGGAGGACGACCUGUGCUCACACGCAGAGAAGCACUGAGUUACCCAGGGUAUCUGCUGGACCUCAUGGUGUGCUGUUGGGCUCAGCAGCCACGUGAUCGACCAUCAGCAAGCCAGCUUGUGUCCAUUGUCAGUGCUGCAGAGUUCGGACAGCUUUUGGACGUUGUCUCCCUCCCAGGAUCACAGCCCCUGCUUGCAGCAGUCUCAUUCACGUCCGGCACCGAGGAGGAGCCAUCAUCCGAGCUGUGGCUGGGCCGCACAGACGACCAGGUGAAUCUGCUGACCUGUGACAGCAGCCACUGGCAAGAACUCAAGGUGCUACCUGUGCCAGCUAUCACUUGUCUGUGUGUUGUCAACAAUGACGUCUGGCUGGGCAGCUCGCAGGCAAGAGUGCACAUCUACAGGCAAGACAGCCGCCAGGAGCUGUGCACUGUGAGCCUGCUAGAAGAAGGGGAUGAGGAGGUUGCCGUGCGUGCUAUGCAGCACGUGCCUCAAGCUGGCCGCGUUGCCUUAACAGCUGGCUCUCGGCUUUGGCUGUGCGAUGAGGUCACCAAAAAUCUGCAGGAGCUGGACGUGCAAGCUGCUCCACUGUGCCUCUGUGUCACCCAGCCAGACGACAGGCCUGUAGCAGAGCUCUGGUGCGGUGGUUUGGAGGGCAUACUUACCAUCUACCUGCUGCCCGAAAUUGGACCAGUCUCUGGCCGAGAGGCACUGGAGCACCCAGAUACCGGCACAGUCUCCCAGCUUUGUGGCCAAAACAACACCGCCUGGUCCUACCUAUACCCAGGUUGCGUGGUGUACCAGUGGGAAUGCAGUUCGCGCACCCUUCUGCAUCGGUUGGAUUGUUCCAAGCUUGCACCCUGCUCCGAGAGCCUGCUGUCCAUGAGCAUAGAAGAGCAUCUCAGCCGUGGCCGGUGCCAGGUGACCGCCAUGACAUACGCCAGCGGUGCACUCUACGUGGGCACCGCCUGGGGCUGCCUGGUGGUCGCAGAGGCAACCGCCCUGAGGCCUCUCACUGUUUUUCGGCCCUUCGAGGAACCCGUUGACGCUGUGCUGUCUUUGGGCGAGCGUGUGGCCGCCCUGGGGAGGGGCUACCGCAGCCUGCUGGCUCGCUUCCUGCCAAGCGCAACCACGGGAGAGGCCAGUCAGCUCUGUGCUUUGCUGUGGUGUACGGAUGGCUGGGUGCUGCCCUAGUGCCGAUUUCAGUCUCUUCCGGCUCCUUGCCAGAUUCCCUGUCUCAUCGAUUUGCCUGUACUAGCUGAACUACUUAAAGAAAACUGCACCGUGCUUCUCGAUUUACUGUGGUGCACUAUGCUUGACGGUGCUGGACACGCUGUACGCAUGUGCAGGAGAGUCUGCCAAAAAAUUGCAUCUGAAUUUAGCUUGUAUGUCACUGGCUUCAGAUGCUGUGAAUGUUUCACAUCCACUUUGUGCAGAAGACUACAGUGCUAUAUUUCCACUGCAUGAAGGAAGGUGACUGGAGAGAAUUUAUGCUCAUCUAACGCAAGAUCCAUCUUGCGCUGCUGGGCUUGGGAAAAACCCCUCAGGUGCUCAACGCUAACAGCAUUGCUGCUAGUAAUUGACAGCAGGAAGAUUGUGGAGCUACGCUCACCCCCCAUGAGGUGAAUGCUCACCUGUCGGUGGCAAACAAGCCCAAGAAAAACAAUGUGCCGUAUGAACGGGUGCAAAACCUGCGUUCCAUUCCCGACACGUUACUGUACACUGUCAUGCCAGGCUACCUUGCACAGUCAGCCUGUUACUGGCACAACAUCCUCCAGCCCAGUAUUUUUACUGUUAACUAGAAAAAAAGAAAGGGGGGGGGGGGGGGGAGUGUCAAAUCACAACUAGCCAACACUGGAAGUUUGGCUACAAGAUGAUAGGAGCAGGUCACAUCAACGUAUGCUGGCAACUAGCACAAGCAUCUCGUGCCGCAAGAGUCCUCAUCACCCGAAGCAGCUGUUCAUUCGCAUGACCACAGAGCAUGUGAUACCGCCAUGUUAAGCUUGCCUGCAGAGACUGAGACUGUUUUGGAGCAUUGCUACAUGGAGCUUGCCCACUGUGUAAUCUAUUUAUUUUGCAGAUAUUUAUCUAAAAAUGUGGUUUGUUAGUGGUUCUCUUUCAGCCACCAAAUUAAUGCAGUCUUGCAGAAGAUGCCGGUGAUCCAAGCAUGUAAGUACAGUUUGGUGCAACAUGUAGGUUAUUGUGCAAGCACUGACCAAUCAAGUAGUAGCACUGUCAGGAGCCACAUUUGGCCGUGGUGACGAUCGAGAUCAUUCAUUCCUCGUUGCCUGUUUCACAGCAAAAUUGAUUGUUUCUGCAGGUAUAACUGCAAAUGAAGGAGAGGCAAAUGAAUAAUCUUCGUCUCGGUCUAAGUCCUGCUGAAAGCGUUUCCCCAAAAAUACACUUUGUACUUGGUUGGUCAAUGUUGCGAAUCAUGCCAGUCUGUACAGUAGUUGCGAAUCAUGCCAGUCUGUACAGUAGACUCGCUUUAAGAACAAUCUGAAGGCACCUUGAAAAUUUAUCUUCCCGGCAGUUCACAUUAAUAGAACUGCACUGUACUCUACAAAGGUCCUCGACCUUUUCAUGUUAUCGGGAAAUCUGGUUCAACAGAGAAUGUCUGAGAGUCUACAGCAGGGGGUCUCAAACUCAUGUCAGGCACCAGGCCGUACAUAUUGUAGAGAGAUACUCAUGGGCCGCAUUGUGGCAUGUUCAAUCUAAGGAUUAUAUGAUUAUCAGCUAGAUAAUAAGAUCAGAUAGUUAUCUGGUGCAUAGGUAAGUUAGGGGAAGCAGGUUGAACACUUCAGAGGGCCUCAUGGGGUACAUACAGGGGCACGCAGCCUGCGGACCAUGUGUUUUGAGACCCCGGCAUGUUUUUCGCACCAGCUGAAAACUGUGAUGACUUUCAACUAGAGGACUCAGAGGCCUAAAUGAGCUAAUAGUGAACAGGAAACAUAUGGGUGGCACAUCAUUUCUUUUUUAAGUCGUUGGUUUUGUUCAGUUGACAAUAUACACUGUGUGAAUGGACCAUGGCAGUGGGGACAUGCCAUUUUUCAGCAGGGUCCUGCAUACUUCUUUUAUACGAAGGGCAGCUGACGAAGCCUCCUAGCUGGUAGAAACUAGAAGCUUGUGUGUAGUGAGAAAGCAAUCUUGCAACAAACUGCGGGGGAACAGUACUGCUCAAGCACAAAAUUCUACUGCUGCUGUAUAGUUCUUCUGGCUACCAUAUUUCUGCAAUGUGUUUUUUUAACCUAAAGUACAAAAAAUUUAACUGAAACAGCAGUGCAUUUCAUUACACAAUAUGAAUGUUAUUCUCAAUACUGGUGCUGAUGGUUAUGUUUGGGCUCUGCGUUCUGGCUGACUUGAAAAGUUGCUUAAUGAAUAUGAUCUAUUGGAGAUUAUCACACGAAUUUUAAUGUCCACCACUGCUGCAAACCUUGUUUAGCAAAUGCUGUCUUUUUGUCUCGAAUGCCCUGUUUCUAAUAAUCAGAGACAGCUGUCACUGCGACAGCCACUGUACGUGUGCAUGUGUUGCGAAUGUGCUUUUCCAUUUGAGUUAUAUGUCUAGGGCACUUCGGGUAUUCAUCAUUUACAUUUGGGUGGGACAGUUCCCUCUGGCUGGUCGCAAUAUUGCGUUGCAGAGCAGCGAACACAACUCUCAACACGUUCAACAAUCCAGGGCGUUUGUUUAGGUCAGCCCGUAUAUGCUGUGAUCAUGCCAGGAAGUGCUAGUCUUGGCCUAGAACAAAUUAACCAUGCUCCAUUUUGUUGUAUGUAUAUUUCUUGUAAAAUGCAGCUGUUCUCUCUGUCACGUAUUUUGGCCUCCGAGCAGAACAGAACAAUCUCCAUGCUUCAACAAGUCCUGCGAUUACCUAUUGGGCUGAUAGCACAGCCUAGUUGCAUACGUAUUAUCAAGGGCUAUGAAACACUUUUUUUUUUCUUUUUUUUUUUCUUUUUCUCGAGGUUAGGGCACUGAACUGCAUGAAAUGUUGGGCUCUUAGAUAUUCCAUAUAGGAGGUCACAUUCACUGGCCAAAGAGUUAACCUCUCAUUAUUGUCACCACAUUGGAAGAACUUUAGACUAAAGUAAAGAUUCCUACACGGUAUUUAAUGAUCAUUAUAUUCAGUGAGAGGAAAAUAAUAGGUGCAACAAUAAGCAAUGAACGUGCAGCAGCAUGUAUUAGGAACCAGGCACGCAUAGAUUAUGUUCUAGUUAAGAUUAAACAGGAGAAGUGGAAUUGGGUUGGUCACAUAAUGGGUAGCACAAAAAAUUGGUGGUCUGGUUGGGCACCAGAAAGGAAGUGACGAAACUUAGAAAUUUUCCAGUGUGGGAGCAGACUCACUUGAUGCAACACAGUACUAUCCUUCCAUAGACUUAAUUGGGUGGGCGUUGAGAAUUGCAUGAGAACAUGCAUAACGUAAAUGAAGGAAUGUGAGAGAAGCAGCUUUGUCAUGCUCCUGUGUUAGUGAAACAAUGCACAAGCAGUGACUAGAAAUCUUGAUUGAUUGUGUUUGAUGUUGCUAAGCAACAUGGUUAUGAGAAAUGUGAUAGUGGAGGGCUUCAGAUUAAUUUUGAGAAUCUGGGGUGCCUUAACAUUAAGCUAAAUCUAAGUAUACAAGCAUUCUCCUAUUCUGUCCCCAUUAGAAUGUGCCCGCCUAGGCCAGAAUCAAAUUGAACUCGCAACCUUGUGCACUCAUGCUUAGCAGGCAAAUUCCACAGCCACUGAUAGCAUGGCAGGGGAAGUGACUAUGGAAGAUGCAAGAAACAAUUAAGGAAAACAGUUAAUGAUGCAUGGUGGCACGUACUGGCUAGAAGUUUAGUUAAAACUUACUUAGUUAAAGGGGAAAAGACAAAACUUUCCAGAGCCAUAACUCCGCUUUUAAAUAGCAUGUUUAAAACUUCCACAACAGCUUGAUGUGGAUUGAUGCCUUGUAUUUUUGAGUCAUCUUUUUUUGUGUGUUCAAACAAAAGUAUUUCAGUGUCUUUAAAGUGCAGAAUUUCACAUAAACCAUACUAGAGGGCAUUCUCACACAGCAACCAUUUCACCUGCUGUGGAAAUGGUGGGAUGCACAUUGAUCUCGACAUGGCUGAGAGCAUACUUGUUACUUUUCAUAUUACCAAAUCAGGCAGCUUUAUUUUGGGUUCCCGUCGCAACAUUCCUUUACGGCAGGAAAAUGUUCUUCUGAAAUGAUUCACAGAACGUUCGGUGCAAAUAAUUGCAGUGGUUUGGCGUGUGUGUGUGGUGUACCGCCAAACUAUGUAGAGCUUUGGCUGUAUGUCCUGUUUACAACUUCCUUGUAUACUGUAGUGCAAAUUGCUUGCUCUUUUCGAAGCUUUAAAAGCAGUUUUGAGUGUAGUUGCAUUCAGGCAUUAAACUUACAAUUGACGUGUAAUGAAUUAGCAUUGUCAGAAUCGGCAACAUGAAGAAAUGAGGUAGUUGGGUUACUGUGACUAGACAUGGAUGAAGAACAGUGAACAAGAGCUUGUCAAUUGUCUGUUCUUCAUUUGCAUCUCAUUUAGUGCUUUAACAUUCCAAAUUACAGAAUCGCCAUCAAAGAGUUUAGAAAUCACAUGAAGCCAGCUCAUGAGGCCUUAUCUAUGACCCGCUAGUACUCCCUACCAAGAACACAACUCAGAUGACAGCUAUUCAUAAAGUAUUGCUUUCCCCCUAUUAAGGGUCAUGUACAUUCCAUCAUUCCCACUCUGUGUAAACAAUCAUACUGAAAGCUUUCACUGAAAGCAGCAGCAGGUUUCCGUCUAUUGAUUUUUGCAUAGAGCUCUGCAUCUUUAAGGAGGGUGCUUCCUUGAUAGAAAGUGUCUGUGGCAGCUGCACAAACACUUGCACGUGAACUUAUUUAGCAUGUGUUCAUGAGAAGCCGAAAGAAUCUCUCCAAGAUGUUCAUGUCGAACUUUAAGACCUUCAAAAUAUUGUGUUGACAUAGCUGCACACCUUAAAUAUUCGGCAAAAGAUCUGAAUCCUGUGUAUUUCAGUUCAUUUGCAAAUUGAAAUCAAUAUAGCAGUGUAUGUAUGCUGAAAAUGCUACCAUGAAAAAAAAGAAAUGUGUUCUGCUCGUGAUUUCAACUUGGGCAUCGAGUGCAAUUCAACAAUUUUAUUCUGUGCACGAAACAGUGAUGUGAAUGCCAUGAACUAUUUUUAUGGCAUGCAGCUGUUUUUUUUUUUUUUUUAAUUUA